AUGCCGGGAGAUUUUCGUAACGGGCGGGAGAGCGCAGCGUCUUCACGCAAAGGAUUCUGGGAGAUAGAGUUUUACUUUGAAAGUUGGUGAAAGUGCUAGAACUGAUCUUUAUUACUCCGCCAAGCAACGGUGGAGUAAUGUGACGAUCGACGUAUGUUUGUCUGUGAAUCUGUCUGUUUGUCUGUGUGAAACAUUACUCAAAAACGGAGCAAAAGAUUUGGAUGAAAUUUUUAGAGAAGGUCAGAAAUGACACAAGGACCAAGUGAUUAGAUUUUGGCAGUGAAGCGGCUUAUAGUCUGGAUCUACAGCUUUGUUAAAGAUUUCCCAUUGGGAGAUAUAGCAGCCGGCACCGCGUCGCUGUAACCAUGAUGUGAACACUGUGUCAAUUACGAUCACAUGAUUGCAUCCUACUACAAACUAACUGAUUUAUCAGUUGGAAAUCAUACAAGGAACAAAUGAUUAAACUGUGGGCUGUUUCUGGGUCCCAUCAAUUCCUGCCGUCGCUAUAUAUUUAGGUCACAUAAUGUAGCAAACCCCAGCCAGACAUGUUAAGUUCAGCCGUCAGCCUUAUUUUGAACACAAAUUCACCUUUCUGUCCUUCACUCAUUCCUUCACAGUAAGAGCUUGUCUUGGAGAAUAACGGAUAAAGACACAUUACAUUUUUAUGAGUCAGACUGUUACAGAUUGUAGUCUGAUAAAUCAUUUAGCUUUAUGUGAAAAACUGUAAAAAUGUCCAAUCUCAGGACAUCAAUAAUUUAUGAGCUGCCAAAAUCAAGCCACUGCUUCCAACAGCUUCAUGAACUGAAUAUAACAGCAGCCUGUUGUUAACAUUAGCACCCACAUUCCAAAGGAACACACACACACACACACACACACACACACACACACACACACACACACACACACACACACACACACACACACCUUCUGAUUAUAUAUAUAAUCAAGUUCUGCAGAUCGCUCCCUGACGUCCCCGGUCUGUGUCCAAUCAGAGGAGAGCGCGUGUUCGCUCGAACUGCGCAUCUCGCGCUAUUUCUUCGCCGUCGCCAACCGUCCCCGCCGGACAGACGUCACCUGAGCAGCAGAGAUGAGCAGAAGGAACCGCCGGGCCAGGACUCAGAACCGGUCCGCCUGUUUUAAGGUUCUGGAUGUUGGACUGAGCAGAGCGACUCUACAGAAACCUGGAUGGACCAAAGACGAGGAUGAGAAGCUGCACAGUUUGGUGAAGGACUUCGGAACCAACAGCUGGACCUCUCUGUCUGCUCAUUUCAAGGGUCAGAGGUCCGGUGUGGAAUGUCAGCGGCACUGGCAGCAGAUCAAGAACCCAGAGCUGGUCAAAGGCCCGUGGACUCAGGAGGAGGACCAGAGAGUCCGGGAGCUGGUCCAGAAGUUCGGUAUGAAGCGCUGGUCGCUCAUCGCCAAGAACCUGCACACUCGUAACGGGAAGCAGUGCCGCGAGCGCUGGCACAACCACCUGAACCCGGCCGUGAAGAAGAGCUGCUGGACCCUGGAGGAGGACCGGAUCAUCUGCCAGGCCCACCGCCUGCUGGGGAACCGCUGGGCCGACAUGUCCAAGCUGCUGCCGGGCAGGACGGAUAACUCCAUUAAAAACCACUGGAACUCCACCCUGAAGAGGAAGGUGGAGAAGGAGGGCUACCUGCAGGUCCUCUACAGCUCCUCUGUCAACUCCUCCAACACCUCCAGACCAGCAUCCAGCACCACCCCCACCAAGCAGGAAGACAGUCUGUCCACCGUGAAGGACGAGUCCACCUCCACCAAUCACAGCAACUGCAGACGCCACAGGAACCCCGCUCAUCAAAGCCCCGCCCACCAGUGCUCUGCCUGUUUUCCCACCUCCUCAGGUUGCCGCUCCUCUCUGAGCAUGUGCGAACUGACAGCAUCUGUAGACCUGAUGGAAAUGAAGCCGGAGACGUGGAGCUCAGAGGAGGCGGCUUCCUCUCUGAAACCAGAUGUGACCUCCAGUCAGUCAGUCGUCGAUCUGAGCAGGAGCUACGUUGCAGGUAUGAAGCUGGUAAACAGUGAUGACGGCUCCAUGGACUCCUGGAACAACAGCAGUGAGACAGGAGCUCUGAUCUUCUCCCCCUCUGAGUUCUUCAGCCUGUGUGCUGCUGAGGAUCUGAAGCUGCAUCGUCCAGCUCUCACCUCCACCCCCAUCUGUUGCCUCAAACACCUGAACAGCACCCACCUGGAUGACAACCUGCACUGCAGCCUCAGCUCCCAGACCUCCUCAGAGAUCAGAGAGAAGUUCCAAGUCCUGCAGUCAGCUCCUCAAACUCCAACACCACUAAAGAUCAGUGACCAGGUUUCAGUUUGUUUGAGCAGGACGAUGAAUCUUAUCUGGGAGGAAACAAAUGUUGAACUUGACAGUCAGCAGUCUGAGAGCAGCUCUGAGGUGCAAGGAGAGAGUCUGCUGAGCGCUGCCCUGCAGGUUCAGCUUCAGCCCAGUUCAGUCCAACAACAGCUUCAGCUUCAGUCCAGCUCAGUCCAGCAGCAAGUUCAGGUUGAGUCCGGCUCCACCUCAGAGGUCCACACAGAGGGUGGUUCUGUCCCAGGCUGCGAGGAGUUCGGCUGCUUCCCAUUAGAUGCUCAGGUGGAGGUGUGGUGGAACCAGCAGCCCAUCAGUUACCUGCUCUCCCCACAUUGUUCUGCUCACAGACAGAACCCUUUUGAGCUGAGCGGCGAGCUGCAGGUGGUGAUGUUCGGUAAAACAGUCGACCAGGUGAGUCUGACGGAGCAGGCGAGACUCUACGUGGAACCGUGAUGGACGCCCAGCAGCCGGUGAAGCUCCUGUGAGGAAAUGCUGACUCCUGCCGAAUCAGUCUGCUGAGUCGUCCUGCUAAUCAUGACUCAGCUCUUUCUCUGCAGCGUCAUGCUUUCUUUACUGAUUUAGCUGCACAUAAUAACUGCACACAUUUUAUUUAUUUGGUUUUAUUUCAACUGUAUUUUAGCAGAAAUAGAAACAACUUUACACAGUUUUUAAAAUGUAACACUUUUUAAUAUUAAAAGCAAUUUAUAUUUAUAUUUUUAUAUAUAGAUGCCUUUAAACAUUUAUUUAACUAUUUAUUUCUUGACAUGUGGCUGCUGAUGUACUGACUGUAUUAAACAAAUUAGUUUUUACCACAGAGACACAUUAACUGUUGCACUUUAAAUCAGAGCGGAUCAACUUUUUAAACUACAUUAGUAUAAAAGUCAGACCGUUUCAUUUGCUUUUUCUUGUUUACUGUUUCAAAAACUGAACAGUUCUGUUUUUAACACUGAGACACUUUAACCUCUGCUCUUUGGAUCAGAAUUGAUGUUUUUAUUUUUUAAACUGAAAACAGAACAGAUUUCACUGGACACUGACCGUAAUUUAUUGUUUUAUUUGCAGUAGAUUUUCUGAUACAUUUAUUUUAUUUUUCCACUUAUUUUAGAUGUGAAAUUGUGUAUCUCCAGAAAAAAACGUGGUUUUUCAUAAAUAAACUGAAGGAUUGUG